AUGUUUUCCUUCACCGCCGAGCACAUGAUCCGUCGAUCCAUAAUCGACAACGCAAGGCCGCGGCGCAUCACUAAUGGGUGCUGGCCGGCGGGAAAGAAAAAAAAAACGUCGGCCCACGCAAGCGAGAGCCGUCCGCCGCCAGUCCUGUGCCGAGCGCGGGCCGAGCAACACGCCACGAAACCGCCGGCCGACCGUAAUACACGCGCCACCAAAUUACAAAAGUUCGUUCAUACGUAUUUCAUAAUUGUAUCAGAGCGCGCGCGCGUGUGU